UGAGGCUCGGUCAUCAACCUGCAACAUCUUUACUUCGAACUCAAACCAAAAGUGUCCCCUUCUUAUGAUCUGCUUCUGUCAGUUUGGCCAUGAUCAUUUCUGGUUUCAGCUGUAGAUUCUCACAGUAGCAAAGGCAAAUGAGUCGAAGGGGAAGAGGCAACUUGCUCUAUAGUUUUUGAGGUGGGGAAGAAGAGUGUGGUUGACACGGUCAUCAUUGCAGUAAUCAAAAAGGAGAUGGGUAUAAGGAUACAUGGAUGUUGACAUCUGUACCCUGGAAUCUCUCUGUACCUCAUACCUCUCCGGUACCAAAUCAUUCCCUCAUGAAAACUGUCCCUAAGAAGGCCAUGCAUACAUCACAGGAAAGCCUUUGCAGAAACUCUUUGGAGACCUUUUAGCUUCUGUAAUAGCAGUGAAUUAGGGUUAUAAAUCUAUGCAAAUGGAGGUCACGUUGAGGACAAACAGGAUUCAUGGAUUGCACUGCGUUUAGUACAGAAAGUACUGUUGUGAAGUGACUACUUGGACAGUCGUCUUUCCCUGUCACACUGUCUCCUGGCCAUUACACUGUAAAGGUAGCAGCCUUGCUUGGGUAUCUGAUGGAGAGAUAUAAAGAAUGGAAGGGGGGCUUCUCCCUGUUAGCAGCGUCGCCAUAAAAACGAAAAACUACAACACUAUCCCCCCUUCUCAGACCACAAAUCCCCACUGUUUAUUGUUGUCGAGAACUUUGCCUGUUGGAGCUCAUUCUUUUUGCUUAGAUUGAAUGAUCUUAUUUGGUUCUCCUCUCGUUAGUGCAGUGUUAGGAGAAUGGAAUCCAUGAGCAGCAACAACUGGUUGGGCUUCUCUCUCUCCACUCACAUGAACACGGAGGUGUCUUCAGAGCCACCUCAUCGCCAAACUCGACCCGCCCUUGCCGCUGCUCCGACUGCAGUAGCAUGCAACUCCGGUGUAUGCUACGGGAUGGAAGAUGAGAACGGCGGAGGACUUUACUCUCAGCUAUCCAUCAUGCCAUUGAAGUCCGAUGGGUCUCUCUGCAACAUGGAAGCGCUCAGGAGAUCACAGCAGGAAGGUCUGCCCGGAAGCCAUCGCAUCGGUAAUACGUUCCAGAAAUGCUUGUUCUUAUUCACGUUUCAAUGUGAUGAAGGAAUGAUGAUGCCAUCUCCAUCACCAAAACUAGCAGACUUUCUCAGUGGCGGACAGCAUAUGGGGAUCCAUCACCAGUAUGAGAACAAUGACAGAGCAGCAAUCGCUCUAAGCUUAGACAGCAUGCACCGUAACGAGGAAUCUGAGACCGGAGGCCAUGUCAACCAGAUGCAAGUGCAACAACAACUGUGCUUUGGGCCAUCGCAGGAAGGGAUGUGCUCUGAGGUGAGAAGCCAUGAAAUGGACGUGGACGCCAUUCCCGGACUGAGAAAUUGGGUGCACUGGCACCACAAUGCUUGCAACAACGGAUCGUGCGAGGAAGGAGGUCUUGGAGCUGGUAACCCUGUUGGUGCAAUGGGAUAUGGUCAUCUGCAAUCUUUGAGCUUGUCCAUGAGUCCUGGGGCUCAGUCCAUCUAUGUCACAGCUCCAUUGCAGACCUCUGCUGCUGUUGCAACGGAGUGCAUGGCUUCAGAUGCACCAAGAAAGAGGAGGACCGGCAAAGGGGGCCGGAAGCAACCAGUUCAUAGGAAAAGCGUUGACACUUUUGGGCAGAGAACGUCUCAGUAUAGAGGUGUUACCCGGCAUCGGUGGACUGGUAGAUACGAAGCACAUCUCUGGGACAACACCUGCAAGCAAGAAGGCCAGACAAGGAAAGGAAGGCAAGUUUAUCUUGGGGGUUACGAUAUGGAGGAGAAAGCUGCCAGAGCAUAUGACUUGGCUGCAUUGAAGUACUGGGGUUCAUCAACACACAUCAACUUCCCGUCGGAGAAUUACCAACAAGAGCUUGACGAGAUGAAGAGCAUGACCAGGCAAGAGUACGUUGCCCACUUAAGAAGAAGGAGCAGUGGGUUCUCACGAGGUGCUUCGAUGUACCGGGGAGUCACAAGGCAUCACCAGCAUGGAAGGUGGCAAGCUCGGAUCGGUCGAGUUGCUGGGAACAAAGAUCUGUACCUUGGAACCUUCAGUACACAAGAGGAAGCAGCAGAAGCCUAUGACAUUGCAGCAAUUAGAUUUCGUGGGGUAAAUGCAGUUACUAACUUUGACAUUGCAAGAUACGAUGUGGAGAAGAUAAUGGCGAGCAGUACCUUGUUGUCGGGAGAGCUUGCCAGGAGAUCAAACAAGGCAACUGAUGCAGGAAAAGAGCCACCUCCAGCACAGGAUAGCUGCAGAGAUCUUACAGAAGAAAGCAGCUCUGGUGCGGGGUGGAAGAUGGACUUCCAACAGCAAACUCCUCCCUCCGAGUACAGGAGCCCCAUGGAAUUCUCACCUGUUCUUCAUGGGUUGGUCGUGGGAAGCUCGAGGUCAAUGCAAGCGGUCGGUGACACGGACAGGUUAGGGAAGAGCUUGAGCAGCUCCGUGGAUCAAACUGAGCUCUCGCUGUUGUAUGCCAAGGGAUCAUCCCCAGAGUUCACUGGUUCUACUUGGGCUCCAUCAGCGCCUCACAUGCCAGUGUUCGCUGCAUGGGGCGAUGCUUAAUCUUCUGUGGGUUGGUAAUACAUUUCAGAUUCAUGAGAAAGUCACCGAAGAGAGGAAUUGCUGUGCUAUUUUGGUGGAAAAUACUGCAGACAUGAAAUAGGCUUCAGGUCUAAGGAGAAAGAUGAUGAUGGUUUUUUAGUUAGUCGAGAAGAAGAAGAAGAAGAAGGGUUCUCUCACAGCAGAUGCAGUGUAAACUUUUGACCACUCUAUGAUC